AAAGUGUUGUGCAACUGGAAUAAAAACAAGCGUGUGUCAAAAAGGCGUUCGGAAACUAUAAAAUAUAAAUGCAUUUGCUAUACAGAAGAUUGACGUAUUAGCCCAAUUAACAUAAUGUUGUAAAAUAAUAUAGAAUCUACUCAAAUCGCGCAGUGAUGGAUGACGAAGAUCUACAAAAGAUAAAGAUAUUACCGACUGAUCAGGAAAAGGAAUUCGGAUCUGUCUGGCGAAAAUGGAUAACGCGGAAAAUUUCACAGGAAAAAAGUGGCACUGCAAAGCCUAAAUGGAAUAACCUUUUGGAUUCACAUCUUAGAAGGAAGUUAAAACGAUCAGAAGGUGAAACUAAAUCGUCGGAUUUGAACAAAACAGAAGACAGUGGUAUUAAAAAUGAACCUGAUCUAAAUCACCAAGGAAAAAUGGCUGACAACCACGAAUUACCAGUGGAUGAUGGUGAUGAAGAAAUGAACCAUCAGGACUACAUUCACGAAGAGCUCAGAGGGAAGUUACCUAAUCCAAUAAAAGUGUUACCUAAGUUUCAAAGAACAUUUUCCCUCCCAGAAGGUGUGAAAGAUUCGUCUAUUCCCGACACUAAAAAUAUUUAUGUUCCGUCAAUCGAUUACUGUCCAUAUCUGGAUAAACCACCAAGGAAAAAGCAACAACAAAUUGACACCAAACAGAAAGAUGUCCUAGAAAAUAAAAAUGUAGAAAAUAAAACUAAAGAUGAUGUUAUAGUGAUUCCGGAAAAAGACUAUUGUCCAUAUCUAGACAAACCACCACGUCCCCAAAUCAAGCAAAAUGAUUUUGAGGUUCGUAAAUGGAUUCUAAAGAAUGAAACAGGAGAUGAUGAAGAACUACAAGUUUUCUUUCAGGAUAACACGUCUCUAAAGGAGAGAAGAACCUCUGCUGGAAAGAGCUUGGUAUCACCACGAUCAAACUCUCUUCCUGAAAUCAAGUUCAAUCAUGACAAACCUCCAAAAUGGAUGGAACUUGUGGAUAUGAAGUUAGGAUUCGGAGAUUUUCCGGACGAUAUUGAUAGCAUUGUUGAAUCAAAUGUGGAAACGGAAAUAACGGAAGUGAAAACUAAUCAGAAGAAUGAAGACAUUGAGCCCGAUGUGUUCAAGCCUGCCUUGAGAUAUAACCAAGCCCAGCCAUGGUGGUUUCCAGGCAUGCUUGGAUCUCUCAGGGAUACGCCAGACUUUGGGAAAUAUUCUCGUUUUUCUUCCUUUUCUACCUUUGCACGGUCCACCACUGCUUCAGAGAUUACCAAGGAACCCUCUGAAGAGAGUCUUAGGCGACGUAACACUGUUGUUGUUAUUCUGAUGAUCAUUGCUGUGUUAGCGGCCAUUGCUGUUAUACUAGGAAUUACCCUUUACUUUCUUUAUCAUAGAGCAAUAAUCCGAGCCCAUAUCAAUUUUACCAUAUAUAAUCGAAACUUUACUGAUGCAAUGGACAACCAUACGUCUGCUGAUUUUAAGAAUAUAGCGGAACCUUUAUGUGAUGAAAUGGACAGAUAUUUCUUUACCAGUGAAUUCAAAUAUUUCUACCUCCAGUGUAAAGUUCAUGAUUUAACAGACAAUGCUGGGAAAGUAGGAGUGUACUUUAGUGUCGACUUUCUGGACAAUAUUUACACUCAGAAUGUGAAAGUUAUUCAGGAUAUCAUUCUAAAGAAAUCAGGGAGACUUGUGAAAGACAAUGCACUCUUUCUUGUGAUUCGAGAGUUUUUGGUGUAUAUAAAGAGCUUUAGUAUCCGACUGGAGAAGAUUCCUACAGAUGGACCGAUUCACCUGCCCAGAAUUCCAUAUUACGAGAACAUUUUGACAACUUCUAAACCGAGGAAACCCCCGAAACCUAGCAUACCGACGAGUUCCUCAUUAGACGAAGGAAAAAAUGAAUCCUCUUUAAAAGCUCGAAAAUUACUGAUGACAACUGUUUCAACACCUCUGACAACAAUUUCAAAAGUCUCAACCACUGAUUCCACAAAAACAACCACCAGAGCCACCACAUCCACAACCACCAAAAUCGCCAUUACUAAAACAACCACCACCGCGAGCUCAAGUUCCACAAGUACCACUAGUACUACCCCACCUUCAACCACGGAAUAUGUCCCCAACUACUGGGAUCUUUUGAUGAACAGAUAUGGACUAAAAACAGAAGGAAUAGAAGAGGGGUCUUCCCUUCCAAAUCAAUUAAGGAAAGCUGAUGACAAAUGCUCGGAAGAACCGUGUCAGAACAACGCAACCUGUGUGAGCAAUGGGUACACAGUCUAUCAGUGUGAAUGUACUAAAGGAUGGAAGGGAAAACACUGCGAAGUCGAUGUCAAUGAAUGUACAAAGUAUCCAUGCCGCAACAAUGGAAGAUGCAUUAACACUGAUGGAGACUACCUUUGCUUAUGUGAACCAGGAUGGACGUCUAAAAAUUGUACCAAUGACGUCAAUGAAUGUGAGAGGUCGCCAUGUCAGAACAAUGGGACCUGUGUAAAUAACGACGGAUCUUACACUUGUUUGUGUGAACCAGGCUGGACAGGCCAACACUGUCAAACAGAUGUCCAAGAGUGCUCAACAAUCAACCCAUGCCUCAAUAACGGGACUUGCUUCAAUAAUAAUGGUUCCUACUCUUGUCAAUGUACUGAGGGAUGGCAGGGGCAAAACUGUGAGAAAGAUAUUAACGAAUGUGUUUCAUCCCCGUGUUAUAACAAUGGCAGCUGUAUAAAUACACAGGGAUCCUACAACUGUGAAUGUGUUGAAGGAUGGCAAGACGAAAAUUGUCACAAAGAUGUAAACGAAUGUAACAAUUCUCCUUGCCUUCACAAUGGAACAUGUAUCAACAACAAUGGUUCCUACGGCUGUAUUUGCGCCGAGGGAUGGGAGGAUAAAACGUGUGAUACAGAUGUAAACGAAUGCCUCGAGAUUCAACCGUGUCAAAAUAAUGGGACAUGUACCAAUACUGAGGGGUCCUAUUCGUGUAGCUGCAUUGAAGGAUGGCAGGGUCCAAAUUGUGAAAACGAUCAAAAUGAAUGCGAAUUCUUCCCAUGUCAGAACAAUGGCUCUUGCGUGAACACAUUUGGAUCUUACUUGUGCAAUUGCACAGAUGGUUGGCAAGAUCAAAACUGCGACACAGAUAUUGACGAAUGUGCUGUAUCCUUUCCUUGUCAAAAUAACGGAACUUGUGUAAAUAAUAAUGGCUCCUAUGUUUGUGAAUGUACAGACGGUUACAUGGGCAGACAUUGCAAAGAAGAUCGGAAUGAAUGCGAAAAACUGGGUUUAUGCCUAAAUAACGGAACUUGUCACAAUAACGAAGGGUCCUACAUUUGUUUGUGUUCAGAUGGUUGGAAGGGACAACAUUGUGAUCGAGGUGAUUUAUGA